AUGGUUGCUUUUGGUUAUGAUUAUAAGAGUAACACUUACAAGGUAUUAGCCAGUUCGGGGAGUUUAUUCGAAGUCUAUUCGUUAGGAUUAAAGUCAUGGAGAAGCAUUGAAAACGUACCUUAUAAGUUUUUUUUGUUGAAUAAGCCAUCCGGGAAGCUUGUUAAUGGAAAUUUGCAUUGGUUAGCCAGAAAGAAAGACUACUCUGAUGUUCUAGUCUCUCUAGAUAUUAGCAAUGAGAUUUUUAAAGAAAUAGAACCACCAAAAGAAACUUAUGGCUCUUUUUAUAAUUUGGGGACGUUAGAAGGGUGCCUUUGUUUACUCUCAUUUGACGACGAUGACGGUCUUAAUAUAUGGGUGAUGCAGAAUUAUGGAGUUCAAGAAUCUUGGACUAAACGUUUCAUUAUGAAGCAUAAACAAAUUGUUGAUGAUGGUAAUUUAAGGUAUAUGCUUUGGCCUUUUAAGAGUGGUGAGAUACUGUUUGGGAGUGUUACUAUUGGUACUGCUGGUCUAGUUGUAUAUGACCCUGAAUAUGAAAGUGUUAAAGAGCCAAACAUUUCUAGUUUACUCUCGCACCAACAAGAGCUUUAUUUUGAAAGCUUAGUUUCACUCAAGUCGAGUACUUAUGUAGGGGAGAAGAAAAAAAGGAGAAACAAGAAGAAGAUGAGGAAUCGAAUGGAAAAGAAUAUAUAA